AUGUCGUCGCUCACAGUUCUCUCCUGCCUCGUCGCGGCCCUCUCCGGGUCUGCUCUUGCGCUGCCUUCGCCUGUCCACCACGUCGUCCACGAGGAGCGCGACGCGGCCCGCAGCGACUGGGCCAAGAGGGACCGCAUUGAGAAGUCUGCGAUCCUACCCAUCCGCAUUGCUCUGGCGCAGACAAACCUCGACCGCGGCCAUGACAUGCUCAUGGACCUGACCUCCCCGUCGUCCUCCAAGUACUCGCAGUGGAUGUCGCAGGAAGAGCUCCACGAGUUCUUCGCGCCCACGGCCGAGACAGUCGACGCCGUCAAGGCAUGGCUCACGUCUUCGGGCAUUCACGGCGACCGCAUCGUGCACACGGACAACAAGGGCUGGCUCGCAUUCGAUGCCACUACCGAGGAGGCCGAGCGCCUGCUGCUCGCCGAGUUCCACGAGUACGAGCACGCGUCAUUCUCGAACCUGCGUGUCGGCACGGACAGAUACCACAUCCCGGAGCACCUGGUCGAGCACAUUGACCUGAUCACGCCCGGCACCAAGCUCACGGCCGUGAAGCGCCGCACGAUCGAGAAGAAGGCAGUCGAGCCGCGCCACUCGUCGCACCAGGCCGGCGGCGUCGGCAAGGUCUUUGACGGCGAGAACCCCUUCUUUGGCGACCACUCCUGGGGCCACCCGCCUCCCGCGGCCGGCAGCCUGCCCGCGGAACUGCGCAACUGCACGACCAACAUGACCGCCCCGUGCUACCGCUCCCUCUACAAGCUGCCUGACCACCCCGUCGCGGUGCCCGGCAACUCGCUCGGCCUGUACGAGCAGGGCGACUUCAUCGACAAGCCCGACCUCGACAAGUACAAUGCCGUCUUCGCCCCCUACGUGCCUCAGGGCACCUACCCGAUCUCGGCCCUCAUCGACGGCGCCCAGUACGACUUCCCGCCGAAUGCUUCCGACUACGUCGGCGGCGAGGCUCUGAUUGAUGUCGCCUUGGCCACGUCCCUCAUCUACCCGCAGACGGUCACGCUGUACCAGGUGGACGACAACAUCUACGCCCUGCAGGAUCUCGCGACGACGAACCUGUUCAACACCUUCCUGGAUGCUCUUGACGGCUCUUACUGCUCGUACUCCGCCUACGGCGAGACCGGCAACGACCCCAAGAUUGACCCAGUCUAUCCUAACCCGGCACCUGGCGGAUACAAGGGCAAGCUCCAGUGCGGUGUGUACAAGCCGACCAAGGUCAUCAGCGCCUCGUACGGCCAGGCUGAGAACGACCUCCCCGCCAACUACAUGAAGCGCCAGUGCAACGAGUUCCUCAAGUUUGGUCUCAUGGGCACCUCGGUCCUCGUCGCCUCGGGCGACUACGGCGUGGCCUCGUUCCCCGGCGACGGCUCGACCAAUGGCUGCCUCGGCCCCGAGGGCACCAUCUUCAACCCUCAAUACCCGAGCAACUGCCCCUACGUGACCUCUGUUGGCGGCACCAUGCUUUACCCUUCGCAGACCAUCCUCAACCAGGAGAGCGUGAUGCACGUCAAUCUCUCUGGUACUGCCCAGAACUUCUCAUCGUCUGGCGGGUUUUCCAACAUCUUUGCCAUCCCCGACUAUCAGAAGGCCACGGUCGACAACUACUUCCGCAAGCACAACCCGCCGUACCCUUCGUACUCGAAGUUCCAGCCCGACUUCAAGACCGUCAAGGGCCUGUACAACCGCGUCGGCCGUGCCUACCCCGACGUCUCCGCCAACGGUGCCUCGUUCGCUUCGUUCCUCAAUGGCAAGCUCGUGCACUUUUACGGCGCGAGUCUGUCGUCGCCCUUGUUCGCCUCGAUCCUGACUCUGCUUAACCAAGACCGCGCGCGCAUCGGCAAGCGCUCCAUCGGCUUCAUCAACCCGGUGUUGUACGCUCAUCCCGAAGUGCUCAACGACAUCACCAAUGGCACCAAUGUCGGGUGCGGCUCCGAUGGCUUCAAGGCCGUGCCUGGGUGGGACCCCGCGACUGGUCUCGGCACGCCCAACUACCCCAAGAUGCGGGACUUGUUCUUGGCCCUGCCAUAA